UGUGUGAGCGGGUGCGUAGUGUACGCGCGUGCGUGUGUAGAAGCCCCCCUCCGCCAGGCAGCUCACUCGCUCCGUACAGGCGCAGUGUGUGCAGUGUGUGCAGCUCGGCUGGCCUCCCUCCGCACUGAAUGGACUAGAUUCCCAGCCACGUAAGAAGCACAGCGGCACCACGGGAGAGAGGAUGUCCUGCUGAAUCAAGGGAUAGGCCUGGGAAAGUCGGCCGGCCGUCCCUUCCUUCCUUCCAGCACCUUGCAACAGCAGACAUAAUAGACAGACGACACUUUUCUUCCAUUGGACUAGACCAAGAGAAAGAGAGAGGACGUCGACUCCCGCACACAAAGAGCUACAGCAGUUUUUCUCGGAUGGGGUUUUCUCCUUAUGUGGUAGAUGACAAUCGCCGUGCAUGGAUAUGAUCCUGGGGAACAAGGCCGUGCACUGACCUGGUACUAGUUAGCCAAAGGAAGCUAACUAGUUAGCUCUGCACCUGCUAGCCAUCAUUUGUCGGCUAAAUUAAUCCGCUAUAAUUACCGUGCAAAAGUUGCCAGUGUGCAUCUUGCUUGUGCUUUUUUCUGUGCCUGCAAGCUAUUGUCAACAAAUUGUUUCCGUUUUAUGAAACGUGCCAUACCAUUAACCGGCAAGAUAAGCUAGCAAACAAGCUGCGGGUUAACCUAGCACUAUUCAUUCAUUGUAAAAGCUGACUUUUGGUAGCCUUUGUUGCAGUUUUGUCGUGUCUGCCUGCACCGCUAACGUUAAUGAAACUACAUCAGGUCUGUGCAAAGGGUUUUCAGUCGACUUGGGGCCGUAAUUCACUUAUUUUUGCCUGGCCUUAUCUCUUUAAUGGAAAACAAAGUGGGGCAAAUGAACAGCUGAACUGCAGAAAAAAUACAGACCCCGCUUUGUUGUAUGAAAACCAACGAGCCAGCUUUGCCUGUUGAUAGUCUGCUAUUUCCAGCAGCAGGCUGCAGUUAAAUCAAUUUUUCGUCUGUUUUUUUUUUUUUUUUAAACUUUGUUCAAGAAUUACUAAAGUACCGGUUUGUGACAUUGCACUGAGUUUACAACUAAGUGGUGCCCUAAUCGAGGAGGAGGAGAAGAAACAAGGAGGAGGAAGGCCCCCGAUACUGUGGAGUUAUCACACUUAUUCCUCAUGAACAUACAGAGGUCAAAUCCAAUUAACAUUUCACGUUAUGGGAGAUCGCGGCACAAAUCGCACGAUUUUGAAGAAUUGUCUUGCCUAAGGACUACAGAGUCGCACCAGAGUUUCAGUCCCAACCUCGGGUCCCCCAGCCCGCCGGAGACCCCGGACUCUUCGCACUGUAUCUCCCGCAUCGGGGACUACCUUUUGUUGGAGCCACUGGAGGGAGAUCACGUAUUCAGAGCCGCCCACCUGCACAGCGGGGAAGAGCUCGUAUGUAAGGUUUUUGACAUUGGCCGAUACCAGGAGUCACUGGCGGCCUACUUUGCCCUGGGCCAGCACCAGCAUAUUAACCAAAUCCUGGAGAUCUUGCUUGGGGAGACACGAGCCUAUGUGUUCUUUGAGAGGAGCUAUGGCGACAUGCACUCUUUCGUCCGCACCUGCAAGAAGUUGCGGGAGGAUGAGGCUGCCAGACUCUUCUAUCAGAUAGCCUCGGCUGUGGCACAUUGCCACGACAACGGACUGGUCCUCCGUGACCUCAAACUAAGGAAGUUUGUCUUCAAGAAUGAGGACAGAAGCCUUGUGAAGCUGGAGAGCCUUGAGGACACAUACAUCCUGGAUGGUCAUGAUGACUCCCUGUCAGACAAACAUGGCUGCCCAGCCUAUGUAAGUCCUGAGAUCCUCAAUGCCAGCGGCAGCUAUUCUGGGAAGGCGGCUGACGUCUGGAGCUUGGGCGUCAUGCUUUACACCAUCCUCGUGGGACGCUACCCUUUCCACGACGUUGAGCCGGGCUCUCUGUUCAGCAAAAUCCGCAGGGGUCACUUCAACAUCCCCGAAACGCUCACACCCAAGGCCAAGUGCCUGAUCCGCUCCAUCCUCCGCCGGGAACCCGCAGAGCGCCUCACCUCUCGGGAGAUACUGGAGCACCCAUGGUUUGCUUCCUCUGGGGCACUUGGGGGCGCUGCAGUGCACGGCAGAGGGGAGAGAGAGCAGGAGCAGAUGGUGCCUGAGGUGAACAUGGAAGAGGAGCUGGAGCAGUUCUUCAGCUGAGCAAACACCAAGCACAAACGGAUGACUCCGCCACGGUCAGCUCGCCACGCUCACAGCAGAGCCAAAAACAGUAGUUUAGAGAUUAAUAGGUGAACAUUUGUCACUCAUAAUAAAGGUGUUUCCAUCCUGUUUCCUUUUCCACCAUUUCAUGGAAAACCUUGAGCCUGGCAUGACAAAUGGUAUCUAUGUGUCACCUGGUGAGGCACCUCCCGUUUGGGGAUGCUGCCGCCGGACAUGCAAGUUGCAAACAAUGUAGCAAAUGUUCUUUUUUGGAUCUGUUUCGUUUAAUGUGGUGCUCAUAAAAGUAGACACAUUGACCAUUUUUGACACUAUGGAAAGCAUGAAGGGACAUAAGAACACAGGAAACCAAGGAGAACAAUUCAAAAUGAACUGCAACACCACACCUUUUCUUACAGACUUUGUUUUGUCUUUCAUCAUAGCUUUAGGUGGUACCAAUUUUAACCACAGACCCAGGGCAAGAAAUCACAGUCCUAAGUUCUAAACUAAAACAAGAUGAUUACCCCUGGGAUCAUUGGUUAAGAAAUGGAGCAGCUUAGGCUUUUUCGUCAUCAUCAUCAUCAUCAUCAUAAUCAUCAUCAUCAACAUGUCUGACCUCGACUUUGUUUCAUGGUUAAGUUUUGUCAUCUCUCAUUUGUCUCAGUUUUACAUUAUUCUGACAGUCACUAAACUCCUCGACGGCCUUGUUUUCAGUAAUAUGUGUGUGUCUCCGCCUCCUCGGUCUCUUAAGCCUUUACCACACUUCACAUUUUUCAGUAACAUUACUUUUAUAUACCAUCUUUUUUUUCUCGUUUUGUUUUUAAGCUAUUCCAGUCUGUUGUUACUGCUGCUUUAAUAUCACUCCCUAAACCUCAAUCUUAAACUGUUUUCUUGGUAAGCCUCCAAAACAUGGCAUCAUGCACUUGAUGUCUUAGGUGAAUGGACGAUUCCACCUCUUAAAAUUAGCUUCCUCUUAUUUAAAUUCAUUCUUCAGUUGUAGGAACGAGAACGUAACAUUUAUUUAAAUUGUAACAGCUAUAUAUAUAUAUAUAUACACAUAUACAUAUAUAUAUAUAUAUAUAUAUAUAUAUAUAUGUGUGUGUGUAUAAAUAAAUAAAUAGAAAUAUAUAUAUUUAAAACUACAUUGCAGGGUUUUUCUUUAUUCAGAGAUUCCUUUUUCAUGUAUGAUGUAGGCAAUAUCUUGACACAGGACAGGCGCUAAGAGGAAAUGUCUGUCUGAAGUUUUAGAAUACACAAUAUCUUCUGUGCCAGUAUUCCUGUGCCCCGACAGCCCAUGCCACCCGGUCUCCCUCAUUUCUUUUUAAAAACUUGAUACGAGAUAUUCAGUGAUAGUAUUGCUAUGACAUGCUCACUCCAGGACCUCAUGUUAGUUUUCUACUGCCUGCGUAGGUUCUAUGAAACGAUCAUGCUCGGAAUGGGUACCAGUGGACAUGUUUUGUCGUAUCUCAAUGUUACUUGAAUUUGUGUUUUUAUCUAGUCAUUGGCAUGUGCCCCAUGAAUGCUAUAGCCUGCCUAGCAGGGGGGUGGGGGGGAGAGGGGUGGGGUGGGUGGGGAGGAGGGUGCUCGUUUUUUAAGAAAAGUUAAAAAAUAAUGAAAAUUCUCAAUUUGCUACUUUUCUGAGUUGCUUUUCAAUAAAAAAAAACAACUAUUGCUUUUAUUGUUUUUGUAGACUGAGCUACCUUUUAUUUAAGUUGGUUCUGAUUUGGUGCUAAUGUUUAGUCCUUUUUGUUUCACGGAGGGGGGUGGUGCAUGGUGGGAUAUCUGCCUCAGAUGUUCUGAUUGUAUCGUAACAGAUUCUGGUGUUUUGUCCAAAUUUAUUCAGUAAAUAAAUUGUGAACUGCUA